AGGCGGCUCGGAACCUCGGGCCUCGGGCUGGCGCCCGCCUUGGUGGAGGCGGCGGCGGGGCAGACGGCUUGGCGAUGGGCCAGUGCGCGCCGCGUUCCACGAGGCCCCCGUCUGCGCUGCAGCUGUGCAGGGAUUUCGACUCCCAGUCGCGCCAUGGCGUCCCCGAGGCCAGCACGCUGGGCGCGUCGGUGGACCAGCGCGGCGCGGGAGCGCCAAGCGGCGCGCAGGAGCCCCCAGGCAUCCUGCACCACGUCGCCCAGGAUGAGGUCCGGGCGUUGGGCGAGAUAGUGAGCUCCUGGUCGCAGGGGCUGUUGGACAGCCAGACGGCCCGACGGCACGUGCAGUUCCGGGUCCUGCGCGGCCAGUCGCCGCUCGGCGACCCCUUCGGCCUCGGGCUCCUCGGCGGAGG